CAACAACAUCGCCAUUUCAGCGCUGGGGGGGAGGCAGGGACGCUGGAAAUCUCCCGCGGCACAGCAGAAGUAGGUCAACCCGCAACAGACAAGAAAUACGUACACAGAUUCCCGAGAAAACGAGAUAUUGCUGAGGUUAUUUGCGCUCAUCUGCUUCUAGUGCGUCUGCUGUCAUCCGGACUGAUGUUUUCAGGUUCGGGUCCGGGCUGACAUUCGGACGAAUAAGCAGUAUUGUGUUUGUUUUUCCCUUGUUUGCGAGCGAACUGAACUGAGAUUGUUUCACGCAAAACAGCUCUAUUUUACCCUCAAGAAUGAAAAGGGGGUUGAGCAGAGAUGGGGAGGACAGCACCUCCUCCUGUGAGGGACUGAUGGAGCCCUGCAAGAGAGUCAAACAGCCGGAUGAAGAAUCUGGAGAGCUGGUGUUCGACUGGGCUCGACUCCCCCAAGAGAUUCUGCUUCACAUCUUUCAGUACCUGCCUCUCCUGGACCGCGCCUUUGCCUCACAGGUUUGCCAUGGCUGGAACCAGGCCUUCCAUAUGCCAGAGCUAUGGAGAUGCUUUGAGUUUGAACUCAAUCAACCAGCCAGCUCUUACCUGAAGGCCACACAUCCUGAUUUAAUAAAGCAAAUCAUUAAGCAUCACUCCAAUCACUUACAGUAUGUCAGCUUCAAGGUUGACAGUAGUACAGAAUCAGCAGAGGCUGCAUGCGAUAUCUUAUCUCAGCUGGUGAAUUGCUCACUUAAGACCCUUGGGCUCAUCUCCACAGCACGGCCAAGCUUCAUGGAGUUACCAAAGUCCCACUUCAUCUCUGCACUGACGGUGGUGUUUGUCAACUCCAAGUCUCUUUCAUCGCUGAAGAUUGAUGACACGCCAGUGGAUGAUCCUUCACUUAAGGUUCUGGUGGCAAAUAAUAGUGACACACUGAAGCUUUUAAAGAUGAGCAGCUGUCCACAUGUUUCUCCUGCAGGUAUCCUGUGUGUAGCUGAUCAGUGUCAUGGUCUGAGAGAACUGGCUCUCAAUUACCACUUACUGAGUGAUGAACUCCUGCUGGCGCUUUCCUCAGAGAAACACGUGCACCUCGAGCACCUGCGCAUCGAUGUGGUGAGCGAGAAUCCUGGUCAGCAGUUCCACACCAUCAAGAAGAGCAGCUGGGAUGCCAUGGUGCACCAUUCACCCAAGUUCAACCUGGUCAUGUACUUCUUCCUGUACGAAGAUGAGUUUGGACCUUUCUUCCGUGACGAGAUUCCUGUUACGCACCUCUACUUCGGCCGAUCCGUCAGUAAGGAGGUACUCGGCUGCGUCGGCAUGAACUGCCCACGACUGGUGGAGCUGGUGGUGUGCGCCAAUGGUCUACGUCCAUUGGAUGAGGAGCUGAUUCGUAUUGCCCAACGCUGCCAGCACCUGUCGGCCAUUGGACUAGGCGAGUGCGAGGUCUCUUGCAGCGCUUUUGUGGAGUUUGUGAGGAUGUGCGGCCGUCGCCUCGCUCAGCUGUCUAUCAUGGAGGAGGUGCUUAUUCCAGACCACAAAUACAGCCUGGACGAGAUCCACUGGGAGGUAUCCAAGCAUUUGGGGCGCGUUUGGUUCCCAGAUAUGAUGCCUACUUGGUGAAAUACACCGGCUAUUUCUGUUUAAAGGAACUUAAAGGAAGUCAGCUUUGUUUAUAUGGUCUUAACAGGUUUCACAGUUAUUGUUGACUUUGUAUGUGGAGUGUUGUAUCAUUGGCAUGUUUUGCAAAUCGUCAUUUGGGCCAAUCUCUCACACACACACACACACAAAAUAUUAUCCCAACAUUAAAAGAAACUAACUAAAAUAACUUAUAUUAUUCAUAAAGAAAAGGAAACCUAUUUUUGGACAAUUUAGAUUUUUGGCAUAGUGACAAUUUCAUGAAAAAUAUGCACAUUUCCCCCACAAAUUCUCAUUACCAUAUGCAAAUUUUUUCCAAGAUGGAUCUUUGUACUCUUGUAAUUAGAUUUGAUCAUCAGUGUAAUUUAUUGAUAUGCUUUUGUUAAUUAACUUAUAUUAAUGGUUUAACCUUGGGUCAUAUGCUUCUUGUUGAUUUAUUUGCCUAUAGAAAAUCUUUAUCAAAAGUCAAGUUCAAGUAACUUUUUUUUAAUAUAAGAUGACAGUGUAAUAACUUUUGGAAAUGUGUAAAUUCUAAAAGGAAAAAAGGUCAGUUUUGAAGGAAAGUGGAAUAUUCAAGGUUAUAGUAAUAAGUUUAAAGGGCUAGUUCACUCAGAUUUAAAUCCUCAUCCUUUUCUCACACUCAUGUCAUCCCAGAUGUGUGUGAUUUUCUUCUGCAAAACAAUAAAGUCCUUUUUAUUAUAAAUUCUCCUCCCAGCCUAGUAGGUGUCGAUAUGCACAAAGAAUGUAUGUGAAAGUUGAGAUAGUAAAAAGGACUAAAAUAUUGAAAAUCGCUUAUGGAGAUACUGAUUUAACCACUGGAGUCAUAUGGAUUACUUUAUAUGCUUCUGAAACUUCAAUGUUUUAGACCAAUAGAGCUGAGAUCUUUUUUAAAAAAAAAUUGGUGUUCUGCAGAAAAAAGAAAGUCAAACAUCUGGGAUGGCAUGAGGGUGCGUAAAUGAUGAGAGAAUUUUCAUUUUUGGGUGAACUAUCCCUUUAAGCAGAUAUUCAUCACUCAUGAUUCAGAUUAAUGGACUCUUUGUACUGGAUGCUCAUCAGAUCUUCAACUAUUUUACUAUCUGUACAUAAUUCACUAAUACAUUAAAUUGUGUCUGUUUAGAUCAGGGUGUGUUCAAAGUUGUGCUAUCAAAACCGCAGAGGUGGAUCACGUAUUUGUAAAAACAUUGAAAUAAAAAAGUUCUAAUUUUUACGUCAGUGCAAAACAGCAUUGCAUUUAGCAUUAGGAUGGUAAUUCAUGUUCAGAUCACAUAUGAAUCACAUUUUGGUUUUAUUGGGCACUGAUUUAUGUAGUUUGUUCAACAUGUUGUUAGGGCGGUCCCAGUCGCAAUCCCUAAACAAUGCCCCCUAAAGGCAUGAUAAGCUAUAACCCUUUAGUGGCCUUGCUUGUGUGAUGCAUCUUAAGAUCACCAAAACCACAAGUUAAAGGAGAGUUCAAAGAACUUUCAGUUUAGCUAGUCUUUGUCAUCUAUCAAUUAACGCUGUUUAUGUAGAUAGUGAACUGUAUUUUAUAAUAUAUAUGAUAUUACCGCAGUGCUUUUGUAUGAAAAAUAAAUUUUGUAUAGUGAAUAUACACCUUACAAAUAACAAAUCCAAAUAUUUCUUUCUGGUGGUUUAAGCAAGUAGAAAGGAAACUAAUAUGUUGGUGUAACAGGGAAGGGGAAUGCCGAAUAACUUGUCUUAUUGAGUGUGUCAGAGUGGAAUGAAAUUAAAGGAUUAGUGUUUGGCUGACAGCACACUUUUGUCAUCAAAUAAAAAAAAAACGUUUAAACCAAUUUUAAGAACACAAUAAACCAUUGAUUGGUUUCUAUUAAAUUGUGUGAAGAAUGUUGUGAGAACUGGCUUUGCAGACAUGAUCUGAAUAGGAUACAGUGAAAUAAUGAAUUUGUUGAUAAUGCUUGUGUAGUUGCAAGCUAACAUAUAAUAUAUGUAAAACUGCCUGCAUUUAAAUGCACCACUUAAUUUCAUUUCAAUAUGAUUAAAUAUUGGAAUGAAGCUGUUCAUACAUUUUCCUUUAAGAAGGAAGUCCCAUGUGUUUGUAUAUAAAAUGUGGUUUGUUUAAUAGAAAUACACAUAUCUCUUGCACCCUCUUGUUGAGGUUUGAAGUGUGUCUCUGCUGAUCUCUUUCAUACAAGUGGGAAUAGUUCAAAGAUGGAUCUUUGUACUCUUGUAAUUAGAUUUGAACAUCAGUGUAAUUUAUUGAUAUGCUUUUUUGUUAAUCAGCUAAUAUUGAUGGUUUAACUUUGGGUCAUAUGCAUCUUGUUGAUUUAUUUGCUAUAGAAAAUUUGUGUCAAUAGCAAGUAACAUUUACUGACUUAAUGUUGACUAUGUAUUAACUUUUGGAAACUGUAGUAGCACCUAAAUAAUGCCACAUUCAUACUUGUUAAUUAUUAUGAGGUAAACGAUAGCCCAGAAGUAGAGUUUACACAUUCUAUCAUUAAAAUAACCUGACUUGGUUUUAGCCCAGCCACAUACACUGAUCAGCCACAACGUUAAAACCACCUGCCUAAUAUUGUGUUGGUCCCCUCUUGCCACCAAAACGGUGCCAACCCACAUCACAGAAUAGCAUCUGAGAUUAUAUUCUUCUCACCACAAUUUUACAGAGCGGUUAUCUGAGUUAUCGUAGACUUUGUCAGUUCGAACCAGUCUAGACAUUUUCCAUUGACCUCUCUCAUAAACAAGUCAUUUCCAUCCACAGAACUGCCCUCACUGGAUGUUUUUUGUUUUUGACACCAUUCGGAGUAAAUUCUAGAGACUUGUGUGUCCCAGGAGAUCAGCAGUUACAGAAAUAUUCAAACCAGCCCAUCUGUCACAAACAUUCAGCCAUGCGAUUAUCUAAUCAGCCAAUCGUGUGGCUGCAGUGAAGGGCAUAAAAUCAGGCAGAUAAGGGUCAGGAGCUUCAGUUAAUGUUCACAUCAACCAUCAGAAUGGGGAAAAAUUGAUCUCUGUGAUUUGGACCGUGGCAUGAUUGUUGGUGCCAGAUGGGCUGGUUUGAUUAUUUCUGUAACUGCUGAUCUCCUGGGAUACACAACAGUCCCUAGAGUUUACUCAGAAUGGUGCCAAAAACAAAA